UGAAAAUAAAUAAAAAUGUUUGGACUACAGUACAUCUGGGACAGCAUUCUGCAGUACGAGGCCGUGCUUAGGUCUCCAUAUUUCCCAGUUUUCUUCUCUAUUACAGUCUACCUAAGCUUCUGCCUGCCUUUUGUCGUUCUGGAUGCCCUAUCAUCUAGGGUAGCAUGGAUAAGGAGAUACAAAAUUCAACAGAAGACCAGCGUAUCUUGGAAGAUGAUGUGGAGCUGCCUCGCACUCUCCCUCUACAACCAUGCCGUGUACAUCUUCCCACUGAGUGUCCUGCACUGGUACUGGAGACCUGUCAGCUACCCAGUGAUGGCACCAGGGCUUCUGCGAGUCAUCUGGGACCUUGCUGCCUGCCUGCUUCUCUUUGACUUCCAGUACUUUGUAUGGCAUCUUCUGCAUCACAAAGUACCCUGGCUCUACUGCACUUUCCAUAAGGUGCAUCACAAAUACACGUCCACCUUCGCUCUGGCCACUGAGUAUUCGGGGGCGUGGGAGACUCUGUCAUUGGGUUUCUUCGCUGCAGUGAAUCCCAUGUUACUGGGGGUUCAUCCUAUGACAGAGAUGCUUUUCCAUAUGCUGAACAUGUGGCUGUCAGUUGAGGACCACUGUGGCUAUGACCUGCCAUGGGCGACACACAGACUGGUGCCUUUUGGUCUGUAUGGAGGAGCUCCGCACCAUGAUGUCCACCAUCAGAAGUUCAAGUCCAACUAUGCUCCAUAUUUCACUCACUGGGACAAGCUCUUUGGGACACUGCACUCUGAAUGAACUGAGCAACUGGAACAAACUACAUGAACUGAUUUCAUCUGACUUUUUUGUAAAAAAGUGCAUUACCAUUCCAUGAAUGAAUACCUUUGACUCUAAAACUUUUUUUUAAAAGUUGCUUUAUAAUUCAUGCGUGUUAAAUUAAUGUACUCAUUUAUUUAUUUAAUGUCUGUAUUUAAGUGUGACUGUAGCCUAAGAAAAAUUAUCAGAGAUAUGACUAUGCUAUGUCUAAGGAGUAUGUGAGAUACAUAUGUUAACCUUAACCUAAUAUAUUUUUAUUUAUUUAUAAGACAGUUUUGAUGAAUGUUUUAAACUGGAACAUGAAGAACAAAUCUAACAAAACUAAUGGCAAUAAAGCUAUGAAGUAAAUAAUA